ACACGAUUGAAACCUCGUUAGUUCAAUAUUAGUUUUCUCCCUUGCUAAUAAACCGUACUUUGUACCCGAUUUGUGUUGACUGGACGGAUUAAGGAAACACAAACCUGUACUCGUAACAGCUAUAGAAAUCACAAUGAGUGGAUAUGCCAGUUACGAAGAUGCGCUUGAUCCAAAAUAUGGAGAACCAUUUCCAGUUCCUUUGGUAACUGCAACUGCAGAGACGCUGAAAGGUUACGGAACAAUUGUCACAGAUUUCGAGAAUGAGAAAGUCGAGAUUACACCCUGGCCGGUUAAAGGUCAUCGCAAACUGUGUCCUGGCACUGGAGCAAUGGGUGGUGAAUGCAGUGGUGACUUCUCGUAUAAGUGGGUCGGGGAUCAGUGCACGGCUAUAAAUAACGCAGUAGGAGGAGACUAUGUCACUGGCAGGCUGCCAGCUAAUGUGUCCCCAUCAAACCGGACGCACGUGCUCGUGAGGGAAGCCAAUUAUCACCCGGAUGGCGGUCAAGUAUUCUUUCCAAAGAAUAGAGACCCCUUUAUAGCUUUACUUGCCCUACCUGGUGACGAUAUUAAAAUGGAUAAUUUUGUUGCCUUUUAUUUUGACGGAAGUUUUGGUGUACAGAUUCACGCUGACAUUUGGCACCAACCAGUUUAUCCAAUAAACGACGAGGCGGUGUUUCUUGGAAAACAAGGGGCUGUACACGCAUGCGUAGCGGUUGACACAGUUGAUGAAUUUGGGAAAUACCUUCUUGUUCCACUGCAGCCAACUCGAUGAUUCUUAACCAAAGUUAGCAAAGAUUUUUAUUUAGCUGUAUACUUGACAAUAUGAACAUUUUCUUCGUGCUUACCAAUAGAAUUAAUGAUAAUAAAUAAUACCGGAGCGAGACGAUUGCAUAUAACAUUGAAUAUGAUUCUCCAUUGCUUUUGAUAAAAAGCUAAACGGGAGAAGUAAAUUGAUAGGUGUUUUAAACUAUAAGUGAUUUUAAAUAAAUUUUGAAUUGCA